UCUGCCCGGCUUUGAUCUCUGCUUAACAACAGUAACGUCACACGGACUACAGGGGAGUUUUGUUGAAGUUGCAAAGUCCUGCAGCCUCCAGAGGGCUGUCGGCGCAGUAGCAGAGAGCUACAGACUCCGCGCGCUCCGGAGACCGGCAGUACAGCGCGAGGCACCGCGCGUCAGCAGCAGCCACCGGAGCCCAACCGAGACCACAGCCCUCCCCAGGCAGCCGUGCCAUGGAACACCAGCUCCUGUGCUGCGAAGUGGAGACCAUCCGCCGCGCGUACCCUGACACCAAUCUCCUCAACGACCGGGUGCUGCGAGCCAUGCUCAAGACGGAGGAGACCUGUGCGCCCUCCGUCUCUUACUUCAAGUGCGUGCAGAAGGAGAUUGUGCCAUCCAUGCGGAAAAUCGUGGCCACCUGGAUGCUAGAGGUCUGCGAGGAGCAGAAGUGCGAAGAGGAGGUCUUCCCGCUGGCCAUGAACUACCUGGACCGUUUCCUGUCUCUGGAGCCCCUGAAGAAGAGCCGCCUGCAGCUGCUGGGGGCCACCUGCAUGUUCGUGGCCUCUAAGAUGAAGGAGACCAUUCCCCUGACCGCCGAGAAGCUGUGCAUCUACACUGACAAUUCUAUCCGCCCCGAGGAGCUGCUGCAAAUGGAACUGCUUCUGGUGAACAAGCUCAAGUGGAACCUGGCCGCCAUGACUCCCCACGAUUUCAUCGAACACUUCCUCUCCAAAAUGCCAGAGGCGGAUGAGAACAAGCAGAUCAUCCGCAAGCAUGCACAGACCUUUGUGGCCCUCUGUGCCACAGAUGUGAAGUUCAUUUCCAACCCACCCUCCAUGGUAGCUGCGGGGAGCGUGGUGGCUGCGAUGCAAGGCCUGAACCUGGGCAGCCCCAACAACUUCCUCUCCUGCUACCGCACAACGCACUUUCUUUCCAGAGUCAUCAAGUGUGACCCGGUCAAGGCCCUGGCCACCGGCCUCUGGCUAAACAAGGACCCCCUCCAUCUCCGCCCGCCUCUCCAGGACUGCCUCCGUGCCUGUCAGGAACAGAUCGAAGCCCUUCUGGAGUCAAGCCUGCGCCAGGCCCAGCAGAACAUCGACCCCAAGGCCACCGAGGAAGAGGGGGAAGCAGAGGAAGAGGCUGGUCUGGCCUGCACACCUACCGACGUGCGAGAUGUGGACAUCUGAGGGCCACCGGGCAGGCGGGAGCCACCAAGUAGUGGCCCCCCGCGAAGAGGAAGGAGCCAGCCCGGGUGCUCCUGACGACGUCCCCCUUGGGGACAUGUUGUUACCAGAAGGGGAAGUUUUGUUCUCUUUGUUGGUUGUUUUUCCUUAAUCUUUCUCCUUUCUAUCUGAUUUAAGCAAAAGAGAAAAAAAAAUACCUGAAAGCUGUCUUAAAGAGAGAGAGAGAGAGAGUUUGCAUCCCCCUGAGUGUAGGGAGGCAGGGGGUGCUACAAAAAUAGAAUUCUGUACCCCAGUAAUCAACUAGUUUUCUAUUAAUGUGCUUGUCUGUUCUAAGAAUAGGAUUAACACACAGGAAGUCUUAAGAAGGGGUUUUGAUUCUUUUAUGUGUUUAAAAAAAAAAGCUUAAGAAACGUUGCUUUAAAAAGGAAGGAAAAAAAAUACAGCAAACCAUUGUUAAAGUAGAAGAGUUUUUAGGUAGAGAAAUGUACUCCGCUUUGCUGAAAAGGCACAGCUUCGGCCAGGCCCUCAGCCUCACUCCCCGGCUUGCUCUGCCCACAGCCCUGCUACCUGACCCCCGUGCUUUAUCCCAGGGGCAGGCAGACCUCUUGGCCUUACUGGUGGUCAGUGCGACCUCUAGUGGUCUCCUGGCGUGUGGUACCCCCAAGGGCUCAUCCUAACGUGCCCUCUUCCCCGCCAACAACCUGCAGGUUCACAGAGCACCAGCCACACAGCGGUAGGGAUGAAAUAGUGACAUAAUAUAUUCUAUUUUUGUAACCUUCCUAUCUUGUAGUUCUGUUUAGAGAGAUGCUGGUUUUUGCCUGACGGCCCUGCAGCCCACACUCACAUCAGGUUAAACUCACAGCUUUUCUUCUGUGUGUGGUUUGUUUUUGUUGUGUUUUCUUUCUUUCUCCGUGUUUCAAAACCAUUCCAUUUCAAAGCACUUUUGGUCAGCUAGCUGGAGGUAGUGUUGCUGGGGUGUGUAUGUGUUGGGGGGAGGGGUUCUAGUGGAAUGGUUGGGGGAUAGCCACACACAUGCAUUCAGAUGGCUGUACAAAGGAGUAUAGGGCUGGUAGCAUGAGGUGCUCGGGAUGUUUUGUUGGGUCGAGAGGAGAGAACUCUGUUCUCGCACCACCGGGAUCUGUCCUGCAAAGUUGAAGGGAUCCUUUGGUGCCAGCUGGUGUUUGGAAGUAGGAACCGUGAUGGCAUGACCUGGACACGGAGAUUCAGGACGACUCUUAAGUCUUUCACACAGGAGGCUUUUAAACACUAAAAUGUCUAAUUUAUACGUAAGGCUACAGAAGAGUAUUUAUUGGAAAGGCUGCCCGUGACCAGUGUGACUCAAAGCAAUGUGACCUCCCUUGAUUCAAACACACACCUCGGCCCUGCUGGCAAAGGGUUAGGGCCAUGUCUGAGAGAUUGGUCUUUUAUUGGGUGAUUGGGGAGGGGGGUUCUCAAAAAAAAACCCGCAAAGAUGGAGAUUUGGUCUGCUUGACUUUCCCAACCCAAUUGGCCCCAUUGGAGAGCCAAUCAAACUGAAGAAAAUUAGGGGACUCCAAAAGAGUUAGGUUCUGGCACAUUCUUGCCGCCUGCCCCCAAGUUAGCAACAGUAGGUAAUUUGCACACCUCUGGCUCUGCCUUUCUAUUUAGGACUUACUGGCAGGAGGUGGAGAGCGGAAGGCUGGAGAGAGGAUGUGAGAGAAGAGGUGAGGGUAGGGACCACACGGGACAGGCCACAGCUCCUUUCACGGCGCUGCUACCGAUGACUCCCAGGAUUCCAGGCGUUCGGAACCAGAUUCGCGUUGCUUUGUAUCUUUCACGUUGUUUUCGCUGCUAUUGAAGGGUCAGUUUUGUUUUGUUUUUUUUACAAUGUCAUAGACUGCCAUGUUCAAGUUUUAAUUUCCUCAUAGAUGAGUGUAUUUACAGAUGCCCUUUUUUUGUACUUUUUUUUUUUUAUUGUGAUCAAUUUUGGCUUAAUGUGAUUACCGCUGUAUUCCAAAAAACCAGGUUCCUGUUCACAAUACCUCAUGUAUCACCUAGCCAUGCACGGGCCUGGCGGGCGGGUGGGCGGUCUGCCUCCAGGGACCCUGGGACCCUGAUGGGGAUCAUCCUGUCAUGCUGGGCCCUUCAUUUGAUCCGGGACAUAGCAUCACAGCAGUCAGGGAGACUGUAUUGUUCUGUUAGUUAUCAAUAUUGUUACUUUUGCGGCCUGUUGUGCAUGCCACCAUGCUGCUGGGCCCGGAGGGAUUUGUUCUGAGUCUCCGGUGCAUCAUUGAAUCUGUUAGGUUCUAGUGUUCUGUCUUGUUUUGUGUUAAUUACAGCAUUGUGCUAAUGUAGAGACUCUGCCUUUGCGAAGCCAGCUGCAGUGCUGUAGGCCCCCAAGUUCCCUAGCAAGCUGCCAAACCAAAACGGCGCCACCAGCUCAUCUGAGGUGUCCCCACCAGGCAGGACCCUUGAGGGCUGCUGUGUCCAUGGUGAUGGGGUGAGGUUUUGGCCAAAAGGCCAAAGGCUGGUGGUGGGUCCACGGAGUCUGCCCUGUGACAUGAAAGGCUUUGAGGGGCUCUGGCUGGUGGCCAGGUUGGCUUUGUGUAUUUCUGGUUGACACACCAUGGCGCUUUCCAGCACAGACAUGUGACCAGCAUGGUCCAGGAAAAAAAAAAAAAAAGACAAAAAAAAUCUAGAAAUAAAAUUGGUAAAAUCUCA